AGAUAAUCUGCUGCAUGCUUAAUUUUCCUCACGUACAAUAUUGCUCAUUUUGCAAAUUGAAGCUUUAUUCUUUUGCUUCAUUUUGCCUGAUUUCCACGAACAGAACCUUUAAUCAUUAAAAGCUCUUUCAUUUUCUUUCUAUUUGUAAGAGCUUCGUCUUCUCCGAGAGAAAAAUACAUUCCAUAGUUCAUACUUCAUUUCCUUCUUCUGGCUCAUCUCUUUUAAUCGGCAAUUGGGCAACGGUCGAAGUGUUUCUGUCAAGCAAGCUUAAGGACUGAAACUGAGGUAGGAUUAUCCUGGGAGCGAGUUGGCCAGUCCCAUCCGAGUAGCUAUCGGGAUACGGGGGCUAUCUUUCUUCAAGGCCAGUCCGAUCAACGGACGAUCUUACACUAAGUCUUUCUGUCUCUACUUUUAUUUUAAUAUUUUAUUUCUAAUAUUGUUAUUAUUUUAUUUGUUCAAUUGUUCUUGCAUUUGGUGGUUUGUCUGGUGAUUUGUGAUCAAACUCGGGAUUUUAUCUGACUAAACUCGCAUUAAAUAAUACUGUUUUUCUAACAAUCUUGAAGAAAGAUAUUAUUUCUCGAGUUUUGAAAAUCCAAUAUGACGAACUUGGAAAAUGCUGCUACUUCUGAAAACGUUGUUGUUGAGAAUAAUGUGAAUGAAACCUCUGAAAAUAAUGUUAAUUCUGUGUUUGUGACUAAUUCUGGAGACACACCUGAAUUUGUUGCUACGGGCUCUCACAUGGUUGAUUUGACCGGAAUGCCUGAAAAAUUUUCCGCGCAUUUUUUCAAGCGUUGGCAACAACGCAUGAAAAUUUGGUUAAUCACCAAGGGAUUGCUCUCGGUAAGUAUUACGGUGUGUCCCCCGUUGUCGAGUCAGAUCCCAAAAGUCUUGAACGCCAAACUUUAUGGCGUGAGAGGAAUGAAAUAGCUAAAGGAAUGAUAUUGUUGGGACUCUCCGACAUGUUAUUUGAUGUGUAUUGCACCCUCCACGGCACGGCUAAAGACCUUUGGGAUGAGUUGGAUAGGACAUAUAAUACUGAUGACCAAGGUCUGGAAAAGUAUAUUCACUAUAUUGUUUCCAAAUUCUUGAGAUUCGACAUGAAAGAGGGAAAACCUGUUUUAGAACAAACACAAGAAUUUGAGCUUAUCUUACAUUCUCUCCGUGAAGCAGAUAUGGAAUUGCCUGAAAAAUUUAAAGUCAUGGCUGUAAUUGAAAAAUUCCCCUAAUCGUGGGAAGAUUUUGGUAUGACUUUAAAACACAAAAUGAAAAAGAUAACUUGGAAAAGUUUGAUGCAUUCCAUUACUGUUGAGGAAGAACAUAAGAAAGCGGGUUUUAUUGCGCCUGUUGAAUUUCAACCAAAGGCUCAUGUUGUAACCGGGGGAAAGCAGUCACAAAAGUCUAAAAAUAAACAACCAUCAUCUUUUAAACCAAUAAAGGCCAAAUUAAAAAUUGCAAAGAAACCAAAGGCAAACCGUCCAUGCUGGAACUGUGGAUAGAUGGGGCAUUGGGCCAAAUUAUGUCCAAAUAAAAAGGCUAAGGCUCAAUCUGGUGGACCUCAAGUCAACGUGGUGACUGGAGAAACUAGUUUCGAUGGUCUGCGGUUGGAAGAACAGUGAUGAUGGGAAACACAAGUGUUGCUAGUGUGCAUGGAGUUGGAAAAGUAGAAAUAAAAUUUCCUUCGGGAAAAAUACUUACUUUGCAUGGAGUGCAUCACGUUCCCGAAAUUAGAAGGAACAUUGUUAGUGGUUCCAUUAUAGUUAGGGUCUUAGGGAGGGUUAUGAGUUUUUUUUUAAAUUUAAUAAAGUUGUAGAUCGUUGCCAUUGUCAUUAAUGUGUUGCUUUUAUUUUUCACCACCACAACUAAGGUUCGAGUUCAAGAACUUUGUUCACUCAGUUCCUGUGGGGGUUAGGGGUAAAAGCUUAGAAGUUGGUUCAAACCGGAAGGUACCAUAUUCGAAAGCACAUUAUGUCUUUUAGAGUUGAGCCAAC